CACGCACACGUUUCUUUUGUUUAGAGCCGCCUUUAUAAAACACCCCCGGCGGCUUUCCCCAGACAGAUUCGCUCAACUUCCCCAUUAGUCAGCAGUACAGUAACAGAGAUACAACAGAAAUAACGAUGCUGUCCGAGCUCGAGUGCGGGAUCUGUUUCCGGCUGUUCGACGCUGGCCGUCGCUGUCCCCGGCAGCUGGACUGUAAACACAGCUUCUGUGAAACUUGCCUACUGACUCUCGCUGGGUGUCGAAGCGAAGAACCUGAGUCCGGAUCUCGGAUAAUCUGCGCCUUCUGUCGACACAGCACUCCUCUGAGUCUGAGCGAGGACACACUGAAAGGCAUCCUCCCUGUGGACGAGGACAUUCUCGUCCGGCUGGAGGAGGAAGGGGUCCUCUGUGAGAGCGCGAGCGACAGGGAGGAUGAUGAUGAAGAGCCCAGACCCGAGACAGUCUCCCAGUCUAAAGAUGAUUUACCCAGGACGCAAAGAGGAAGACUGUGGAAGUCAGUCAAGAGCCUGUAUAAGAGAAUAAAAGGGUCGAAUCGGCAAGGGUGUAUAACUAACAGUGAAAUGACAGAUCUGGCCCUGAUGGCUUGCUACAUGAUGUAACAAGCCUGACUUGAUAAACGUGGGUGCAGACCGGUGAAAGGGUGACGCAUGGAUCAUUCUUUUCAGAGCCACCUGAAAAUCCUGGACCCUUUCCCCAGCAGGCUUCAUUGAGAGAAAGCAAAUAGCCGCAGGCGGAUGUAAAUAAAGAAAAGUGCUGGUAGAAGGGAGCAUAGGAUUUCUGACUUCUGCCAGCUUGAAUGAACUUGUAUUGAACAGUUUAUGUACUAAACGUUUUCAUACUGUGAAAAGGAGCUAUAUUUGUUAUAGCUAUGUAUUGGACUGCAGGUGUAUAUUUGACUUGCACUCUGACUUGUGUUAAGUAACAAAACAUGAAUUCUAAUUAGUGUUAUGCUGUGUAUUUUUCUGCAUUUGCUUAUUUUAUAUAUUAAUUUGUAUUUAUUAUGCUAUUUUUUAUUAUUAUUAAAUUGUUUACU